GUGAGCAGGUGAAUGUUGAUUUUAUUUAGCUGCAUUCAUUUUUUUUCUUUACUUCAGUGUCUUGAGAAUAGUUGAGAAUAUUCAACAAACUAAGUUCAACUAACAAAGUCAAAUAAUUAAUUUAUGCUAGUAAUUUGAUUGUGUCACCAAGCAAUGAGUUGUGCUGCCUCAAAAUCGUGGUGUGGACCAGCUCUUCAGUUUAAUAUUGUGAGAGAAUGUUCUAAGUCUAGAUGUCGUGUUGCAAAACUGAUUCUUCCGCAUCACACUUUGGAGACACCAACAUUUAUGCCUGUUGGUACAAAGGGAACAAUGAAAGGCCUACUUCCAGAACAAGUAGCCGAUGCUGGUGCUGAUAUCAUCUUGGGAAACACUUAUCAUCUGGGAACCCAACCUGGCAAAGAAGUUCUGAGUGCUGCUGGAGGCCUGCAUCAGUGGAUGCAGUGGCCGCGUGCUCUUCUUACGGACUCUGGUGGCUUCCAGAUGGUGUCGCUGCUCAAGUUUGCUAAGAUAACAGAAGAUGGAGUCACUUUCCAAAGCCCUUAUGAUGGUUCUGAGUGCGUCUUAACUCCUGAAGAAAGUAUAGCUAUUCAGAAUGCCAUUGGAGCAGACAUCAUGAUGCAACUGGACGAUGUUGUUGAUGUUAAGGAAACCAAUUAUGAGCGCUUCAAAGAAGCCACACUCAGAACUACACGCUGGUUGGACCGCUGCAUCGCUGCCAACAAGAACACAGCCUCACAAAACUUGUUUCCUAUUGUACAAGGCGGCGUUUUCACUGAUCUCCGGGACCUCUCUCUUACCCAGCUCAUGGAGAGAGAUUCUCCAGGCUAUGCCAUUGGGGGACUGAGUGGCGGUGAAGACAAAGAAAAGUUCUGGCCGAUCAUUGAGCACUGCACACGUCGGCUGCCGCAGGACAGACCGCGCUACUGCAUGGGCGUUGGGUUUGCCCCCGACCUCGUGGUGUGCGUGGCUCUUGGCGUCGACAUGUUCGACUGCGUCUACCCCACUCGCACUGCCAGAUUCGGCUGCGCGCUCGUCGACAACGGCCAGAUCUCCCUCAAGUCUGACGUAUACGCGUCUGACUUCUCGGCCAUCGACGACGCGUGCUCGUGUUCCACGUGCCACACCUACACACGUGCUUACAUCCACGCGCUCACCACUGAGAAGAACCCCGUGGGUUGCCAUCUGCUGUCCAUACACAACAUAGCUUACCAGAUGCAGCUAAUGAGCAGGAUACGAGCGAGCGUAAAGGAGGGCAAGUUUACCCAGUUUGCGGAGGAUUUCUUCAAGAAAUUUUAUCGCGGCCAGCCUUACCCUCGCUGGGUCGUCGACUCCAUGGCUGCUGUCAACAUUCAUCUCAAAAAAAGCGACUCGAGCCUCUCUCGUCUCGACGUCUUCACGCCAAACGAAAAUGAAGCCUCAACUUCGCGCGGUGUUGGGACAGCGCGUGAAACUCCAGUGCCUUGUCCCGCUGAUGCAACUUCGGGGAACUCGUCUGACUCAGAUUUCUGGCUAGCUGAUGACGAAAAAUUCGUAGUAGUUCCUGGCGAAGAAAGUACACUUUCUGGCUUCGCCGCUCGCUCGUUUGAUCGUGGCUACAGGGAUGCACUUCGGCGUGACUAUCCUGAAGAGGAAGAGCUUGGACGAUCUCACGGCUAUCUUGAUUGUUUCAAAAGUUUACUGAUGGGUGAGAAAGCGGUAGUUGAAAACGGAGGCAAAACUUCAGAAAAUCGUUCUGGAUCAACUUCCUUAGAGCUCGAUGCUUGUAAAAAGGAAUAUAUUGGUGCUUGGGUCGAAUCGGUUAACAAAGUUCUUGGAAACGUUUCCAGAGAUUGUAAUGUUCUGCGUCCUGAUAAAAGUGGGGACGGAAGAUUAAAUCCCUACGACAGUGUUGCGCGAGAAUCAAUUGCUCUGCAUGAGGCACUUGGUAAAAGUGAGCCUAAGAUUAAUAGAUCUGCAGACACGAAUCCUACUUACGUAUUGGCAGUUUUAGAAGGGAAUUUAGCGGCGCUCGUGCAGAGGCGUCAAUCAAACAUGACUGAGGAGCACAUGAGACAAAUCGUUCAGAUCCAAAAUGAAGUGAAGCGUUUACUUGACUCCUUGAACACUGCUUAUGAGAAAUCCCUGAAGUUGCGAUUAGAAGAAGCGCGACUCUCCGCUCAUUUUGAGGAAUUGUCUCCAAAUGAUGAGCUUCAGAACAAUCAUUUGUUUGGAAAUUAUUCUAGGGAAUUUUCUGAAUUAGAGAAACGCGCUAAUGCUAGAGCUGACGAGGCGCGUGAUAUAAUGGCCGGUGAAUUUCUACCUCAGUGUGUAGAAGUUUCCGAAUUAGUUCAGAAAGUUGUCCAAAUUGCAAAGAGUUUUGACUGGACAAUACGAGGAAUAGAAAAGUAUAUGGGUCUGGAAAUGUAGUGCGAACUAGUCAUGCUUUUUAUUGAGAUGAUCUCUAAUACUUGAAUGAUAUUCUGACUUGUCUGCGGAUAAUUCUUGGAUGGAACAAAUAUUUACGUGAAGUAUAAAAUCUUAACAAAGCAGCUGUGAAAAUACGUUAGGCUUGCGUAAUGGUUGGAACCUUCCAUUCAUUGUGAGCCUAGAGAAAUUUGAAGUAAGGUCGAAUCUUGCUUGGUGAGUCGGUUUGUGAAGGCCUUAGGUGUUCAAUUUGCAGUGAUCUCGACUUUUUAUUUUUAUUGAUUGCAAUGUUACGUGGUUUUUCUUGUUGGCUGGGCUCUGUUGUAACAUUACUUGGUGUUAUAUGCCCGGUUCGUUACUUUAAGUGUUUAACUUUAAACUCCAAGCUUUUUAUAAUUAUUGUGUGAAUAGCUUAGAUUACUUCAUGUCCUUUCAAUUGGCCGGUUUGCUGGAUUUUUUGGUCCGUGAUAAAAUUUAAAAAAGAUUACCUACUCUGCUAGCAACCCAUUUGUAAGGACAGACAUGCUGGCUAAACUCUAAUUUCAAUUAAGGACAAAUUGCAUUUUAUGUUCCAAUUUCCUCUCCGUUUUAGAUGAAUUGAUUAUCUUAAUUCGAAAUUGAAUUUUUUUUGGUCCGUCCGAAUAAAGUUCGUGUCCGUGUUCUGCACCACGGUACUGAAAUUGCGUAUGUAAUUCUGGGGCUGUGAUAUUGGGUGAUUCUGUAUAAUUUAAUGCUUCCGUGUAUUCAGUUCAACUUUCGAAGCAACGGUUAAUUGUUAACCAAUGUGAUAUACACGUAUUUGUUGCAGGUUGAAGAAAUGUCCCAUACAAUUUUAUGCCGGACAAGAUAAUAGAAUAGAAGUGUCGGCACCGAAGAAAUAGGCCCAUGCGCGUGCCAUCAUUCUCAUACUUCUAAACAAAGGUAGCUCACGUCUGAAUGUUUCCAUUAAAGUUCAUCAUUA